AUGGACUCGACCGAGAUUCACGAUACCCCCAUCGCUGACGAGACGAUGACCGAUAUCAACGUCGGCGACGAUGGCGACUUGGAAAUCAUACCCAAGACCGAAGAAGAGUAUGCGCAGUCCAUGCUUACUCUUCGCGCCAUUGUUUCGUCCAAGGAAGCUGGCGUCAUCAUCGGCAAGGCGGGUAAGAACGUCGCCGAUUUACGUGAUGAGACCGGUGUCAAGGCUGGUGUCAGCAAGGUAGUUCCCGGAGUUCACGAUCGCGUUUUGACUGUGACCGGCGCCUUGAACGGCACCGCUAGGGCCUAUGCACUCGUCGCCAAGGGGUUGCUGGAAGGUGCCCCGCAGAUGGGCAUGGGAGGAAUCGUCUCCAACAAUGGCACCCAUCCUAUUCGACUGUUGAUCUCGCACAACCAAAUGGGCACUAUCAUUGGGCGACAGGGAUUGAAAAUCAAGCACAUCCAGGACGCUUCAGGUGUACGUAUGGUGGCCCAGAAGGAGAUGCUCCCUCAAUCCACCGAGCGCAUUGUUGAAGUGCAGGGCACCCCAGAAGGAAUCGAAAAGGCCAUCUGGGAGAUCGGAAAGUGCCUUAUCGACGAUUGGCAACGUGGAACCGGCACAAUUCUGUACAACCCCGCUGUCCGCUCAUCGGUCGGCAGUGGUUCGAUCCAGCAUAACGGAGGCAAUGGCGACAGCUACAACAGCCGGCCCUACAACCGUACCGGUAACGGCGCUGACUUUAGUGACCAGUCCGGCGGAUAUGGUAGACGGUCAAACUCCGAUGCUGGAAGCCGUGGCUACCCCCUCGUCACCGAGGAUGGCGAGGAGAUUCAGACGCAGAACAUCAGCAUUCCAGCUGAUAUGGUCGGAUGCAUCAUCGGAAGGGGUGGGACCAAGAUUACUGAGAUCCGUCGGAGUUCUGGAGCCCGUAUCUCCAUUGCCAAAGCACCUCAUGACGAAACUGGAGAACGUAUGUUCACCAUCAUGGGAAGCGCUCAGGCCAACGAGAAGGCGCUCUAUCUUCUCUAUGAGAACCUUGAGGCUGAAAAGACCCGCCGCAGUCAGCUACAGGAAUGA